ACGCGGACAGGAGAAGACAAAAACGAACAAAAACGGAACCGACUGAAAAAGUAUUAUUGCAUAGAUAUUAUUAUCAUAUUAUACACCUCGGCUGUCCGGUACAUACCGGUCAACUUGACUGACCACUAAUGGACGAGUAUGACGAGAUGUUCGGGAUAGAGGACGAGUAUGAACAACAGUUCGCUGAUGAGCUGGAGGUCCUGGCUGAGAUGGACUUUCAUCCAGCUCCUUCCACUAAGCGUUCAGAGUUCCGGAAGCAGAAGCCUCAGUCGUUCCAGGAAGCCAUCACCGCUGGUGACCAGCCACUCAGGAGCCAAUCACAGGCAUCGUCAGAACGGAGCCUCGGCCAAUUGGAAGGCCCGUCUGUGGCGUGUGACGGAGAGGACAUAGAACACCUGCUGGCGGACGAGCCAAUCACUCCCAAGGCUAAGCGUCUGAGGCAGGAUGUGGCAAAGAAGCUGUUUGAGGUGUCUCAGGUUGAUGACAUCACCCCCCCGUCGUCACCAGAGGAGUUCCAUCGAACCCCGAGCAGCAGACCCCAGCUAAUCCCGGUGAUCUUGGACAUCAGUGGCUUCGCAGCCAUCCAGGAGUCUCCUCGGAGAGUCACCGCGGCAACGUCGUGUCACGUUCUGAAGCGCCCCCCGGCCGAGGGGGGAUACAUUAGUGUGACGGACCAGACAGGAAACCGCGUCUACCUCCGACAGACAGACGACCUGAGGGGAAAGGCUGUGGACCCCAGUGCUUUUCGUAGCUCCCAUAAUGCAUUGGGUUUGCUGGCUGUUCCCAUCGAGGUACUGAGAGAACAGGUGGCCGAGAAGCGUCAUCGCCAAGUGGUGGAGGAAUCUCAGCGCCUAACAGAGCGACUCAACAGUCAAGUGGAUGAAGAGUUUGGAGAGCUGGACGGCAGACAGAGAGAAGAGGGGGAUCGAGAGGAGGAGGAAUCUUCUCGUCUCUGGGUGGAUCAGUUUUCUCCUCAACACUACACUGAACUACUCAGCGACGACUUCACCAACCGCUGUUUGCUGAAGUGGCUGAAGCUGUGGGACCAGGUGGUGUUUGGACGAGAGAGGAAGACACGCCCACCCCCAGCCGAGAGGCCCGACCAGAACACAGCCAAUCCGGACCAGGGACGCUUCAAUAAGGGCCGGGGUCGCUUUAAUUCCACCAACCGGAGCCAGGGGAACUUUAAUCAAGCCAAUCAGAAAUUUAAGACCAAGAGUCAGAUCACUGAGGAGCUUCUGGAGGCCGAACUGGACCAAUACAAAAGGCCCAAAUACAAGGUGGUGCUGCUGUCUGGUCCUCCGGGUUUAGGGAAGACCACUCUGGCCCACAUCAUCGCUAAGCAUGCUGGGUACAACGUGGUGGAGAUUAACGCCAGUGAUGACCGCAGUGCGGAGCUGUUCCAGAAGCGUAUCGACACAGCGACCCAGAUGAGGUCAGUGCUGGGAGCCAAUGAGAAGCCUAACUGCCUCAUCAUCGACGAGAUCGACGGAGCACCCGCCGCUGCCAUCAGCAUCCUAUUGGCCACUCUGAACAGGAAGGACAGCCAGGGGGCGGAGUCAGAGGCGGAGCCUCUAAAGAAGAAGAAGAAAAAAGAGUCGGUCCUCCUCCGACCAAUCAUCUGCAUCUGUAACGACCUGUAUGUUCCAGCCCUGAGGCCUCUGAGGCAGCAGGCGUUUCUAUUGGCCUUCCCCCAGACACAGCCUUCCCGCCUGGCACAGAGACUGGCUGAGAUCUCCAGGGGCCAGGGUAUGAAGGCUGACAUGGGGACUCUGAUGGCUCUCUGUGAGAAGACGGACAACGACAUCAGAUCCUGCAUAAACACACUGCAGUUCCUCCACGGUCGAGGGAAGAGACAGCUGGACGUGCAGUCGGUCCAGUCCAUGAGGAUCGGUCAGAAGGAUCAGAAUAAAGGACUGUUCAACCUCUGGCAGGAGAUCUUCCAACUGCCGCGCAUCAAACGGAAGCGUGUGGGCGAGGAGCUGGAGGAGGGCCUUAGAGAAGGAGGCGGGGCCGAGAGACUACAGCACAUCCUUCACCUGGCCUCUUCCACCGGAGAGCACGACAAACUCACACAGGGUCUCUAUGAUAACUUCCUGUCUAUGCGUGUUAAGGACCCCGGUCUUGGCAGAGUGUGUCAGGCUCUGGAUUGGUUGGGCUUCUCAGAUGGGUUGACCCAGGCCAUGCUGCAAGGACAAAACUUCUCUCUGCUGCGAUACCAGCCCUUCCUCCCCGCAGCUUUCCACUUCCUGUUUGCUCACACACACGUCCCCCGCAUCAACUACCCCCACAGCCAGUACGAGGCUCUAACUAAGACCUCAGCCAGCAGGAACGCUCUGGCGGCCAUGUUGUCUGAAGUCCCAGCAUGCAUCAGGACUAGAGUCAGUGAGCUUAGUCUCAGUCUGGACAUCCUGUCGCUCCUGCUGGAUAUCAUCUGUCCCAAACUACGACCUGUGAACCCCCAACUGUUCAGCGACAGAGAGAAACAGCAGCUGGUUGAUCUGAUUCACACCAUGAUCUCCUACAACCUGUCCUACAGACAGGACAGAACGCCUGAUGGACAAUACAUCUACGUUCUGGAGCCGUGA